UUCUCCGUCCCAAGCGUUCAGUGUAGUAGCCUGUAAUCUAACUGAUACAGCCACGGAGACAAAUGGUAGGGACUCUUCAGAUGCGCGAAAAGUAGAUUAUUUAAAGGACAGGUAGAGACUGUAUAAGCGAAGCCACUCGCGUGUGAUGUGCACUGACCCACGCUUGAUUUGUUUACUGAGCUCAAAGGGUGUUUUGCUUGAAUAAAAAACUUUCCAGACGCAUACCGUUGAAAGAGGAGCAGGUUGUGGGUCUCGGGAGGCAGGACGAUGGGCACCUGCAGAAGAAUGUAGCGGGUACCGGACCACACCGCAGCGGGAGGCGUGGCUCACAGCUGUCCAUCACCCCUGUGACUCUUAGUAGAAUGGACACCCCGCUGCACUGGGGCCACUGGCCUUGUCACUGCAUGAGGUAAAGCCCCUCGUCGCCUCGCCUCGCCUCGCUGCAGCGUCGCCAUGGAGACAGAGAGCUACACCACCCUGCGCCUGGAGACCAGCGACGGCACGGGGACGGUGGCGAGCGUCGUCGGCGGCCUGGAGGGCCACGGCGGCUCGGCCCUUCCUCCCCCCGCGGGGUGGCAGACGCCGUACCCCAUCAGCUUCCAGGUGUCGCUGACCAGCUUCCUGAUGCUGGAGCUGGUGCUGGGCUUCAGCAGCAACCUGACGGUGCUGGUGCUCUACUGCUCGCAGUCCAACCUGGUGGACUCGGUCAGCAACCUGGUGACGGUCAACCUGCACAUCCUGGACAUUGUGGUGUGCGUGCUGUGCCUGCCGCUGACGGUGGUGGUGGUGCUGCUGCCGCCCGGGCGCGACCUGGCGCUCAUCUGCUGCUUCCACGAGGCGUGCGUCACCUUCGCCAGCGUCUCCACCGCCAUCAACGUGCUGGUCAUCAGCAUGGACCGCUACGACAUCUCCGUGCGGCCGGCCAACCGGCUGCUGACGCCGCGCUGGGCCGGGCUGCUGCUGGCGGCCGUCUGGGCCGUCUCGCUGGCCGUCUUCUUCAUCCCGUUCAUCGAGGUGGACUUUUUCGCCUCGGAGGAAGCCUCGCCGGCGGCGGUGUGGCACAACCGGACGUUGCUGUGCAUGGGCGGGCAGGGCUACCACAUGGGGCUGGGCAUGUACUACCACCUGCUGCUGCAGGUGCCCACCUUCUUCGCCACGGUGGCGGUGAUGCUCUUCACGUACUCGCGCAUCCUGCGCGCCCUCAACAUCCGCAUCGGCUCGCACAUGCGCAAGAACCAGCGGGGGGGCAACAACGCCGGCGGCGGGGGCGGCCGACGAGGCCUGGGCUGCCGGGGUCGCCGCGGACGCCGGCACCGGCGCAGCAAAGCCGAGCAGCAGCAGGAGGAGCAGGAGGCCGCUGAGCAGACCAAGCACCUCACCCACCCGCCGCUCAUCUCCUCGCCCACCCCCACGGCCACCUCCCCUCCGGCCCUGUCCACCGUGCCCCUGGUGGGCGGAGCGGACAGCAGCGCGGCCGCGUCCCCGUCCCCGGCAGGAGGGGCGGUGGGGCUGGCGGCGGCGCCGGUGCCGGCCUCCCUCGGGGUCCAGGCCUCGGUGUCGGCCAUCAUCGCCCUGCGGCGGGCCGUGCGGCGGCACCGGGACCGGCGGGAGCGGCAGCGCCGCGUCUUCCGCAUGUCGCUGAUCAUCAUCUCGUCCUUCAUCGGCUGCUGGGCGCCCAUCUCGGUGGCCAACGUGCUGAUCCUCUGCCUGGGCCCCAGCGACACGCUGGUCUCGCUGCGCCUCUGCUUCCUGGCCAUGGCCUACGGCACCACCAUCUCCCACCCGCUGCUCUACGCCUUCACGCGGCAGAAGCUGCGCCGGGUGCUCAGGGCCAAGGUCAAGAAGCGCGUGGUCUCGCUGCUGCAGGUGGACCCCUCGCCCGGGGGCACCGUCAUACACAACUCCUGGGUGGAGCCGCGCAAGAGCCGCAAGCUUCGCACGGAGGGGAGCGACGCCACGGACCGCUGCCUGACGGAGCCGCUGUGACUGUGCCACGUUCAGCACUGCAGUACUACAAUCAAGGAUCCAAUUGUGGAUGCCAAUCGUGUUCUAACCACAGAGCUGUGAAGAAAGCUCUUACACUACUCAAAACAGUAAUGUCUCCAAGUGGUCUUCAGAACCCUAUAAUCUAUCUCAAAUGGAGCACCCUGGGAAUAAUGUAUUAUUACCCCGGAUGUAAUGUUCAAACACAUAUUUUGAGUAGUGUUUAGCAGGCAUAUGUUGUCAAGUGAAUAUUUUGUAGUUGUCAUGUUUUUUAGCAGAAAUGUAAUACAAUUUUCAAAGACUAGAUAGCAAUAUAAUGUUCAAUAAGGGCAGUAUCUAGUUAAAUCUCUGCCUCUUUCCUGUGUCUAUGAAUGUAAAUCUUCUAUACACUUGUUAAAGAACAGUACUAGUUGAUGUAAAUGUUUUCUUUGGGACAAUUAUUUUGUAUUUGAGUUGAGUGAAUAACUUAAGGAAAAGGUGAGUGUAUCUUGAUACGAUCUGCCAGCCUAUUUUCCGCAGUCCAACAAAAGGCAAACACGGGAUGCCAAAGGCGCGUUCAUUAAACAGCUCAUAUGCUGGUGAAGACAGGGGUGAUAGAAAUGUAACUGUACCAUCAGGUUUCCUUAGCAACUGCUAGUGGGGAAAAGUUUUACAUCUGACCACCAGCAUACCAGAUGAACACAAUACAUGCAAUUUCACAUGCAGAUGCUGUUCUCAGUCUCGUCCCGGCUGUCUGGCCCCUAGCCACUUCUCUGAAUACUGACUCAUACACCCCCGCACACAUACUAUGCUACAACACUUGGGAUUUACACAAUGACAUUGUACAGGUCUCGGCACCUAGUCUAUGUUUACACCAAAGGUAUAGUCAACAUCCUGACAAGUUGUUAAAUCAGCUGCUCGGUAUGAGAGUCGAGAUGCAAGAUGGGGAACAAACGUCCAUCUUAGAGAGCACACACACACACACACACACACAUAGACUCACACACAGCCAUCUGAGAAGAGAGACAAAAUACAUACAUAGACGCAAAAAAAAAAACAACAACAAAUUUACACAAAAUACCAGUUAGCUUUGCCCUGUCAAAAAAAUAAAUAAAUAAAUGACUCAUGCCUUAAUUCUGCUCAGAGGGUAUCCAAGGUGCUGAAUGUGUUCUGUGUCAAAAUGAGAGUAAGUGGAUAGGGAGAUGUUUUGACAUUGUAUUCUAUGUUAUAGAGAAAUGUGUCUGUAGGUCUCUCUUUGCCCGUCGGUCUUCUUCACUGUUGUGUCUGGACAUCCAGUGUGUGCCCCACAGUUGAAAUUGUGAAUUGUUGUGACGGUAAAUUGAGCAUGAUGUGUGUGAACAUAAUGUUUAAUUUCGAUGUGCUUUUUGUAACGAAUGAUUGUUUCUAAUUAAGAUAAGUGAGGGGUGUGUGUCUUUUUAAAAGGCUUUAAUGGCUCAGCCUACCUAUAAUUGAAUUGUAGGUGAUCCAGUGCAUUAGGUUAUUUGUAUGCUUGUUGGAAGGUGUGUGUAUGUGUGUUUGUUUGUAUCUGUUUGUUUGUGUGUGAUUGUGUGUGUGUGUGUGUGUG